AUGGCGACUAAAAAUUCGACCCAAGCGCCUCAGCUGUUGCAGCAGGCAGAGAAAAUUCUGCUGCAUCCAAUUCACCCGCAUCUCAUCUCCUACUGCCCUAGCAUGGACUUGGUGGCCGUGGUCACGGAUGAAGAGAACCUAGACGUCUACAGAAUCAACGGCCAAAGAGCCUUUGGCCUCAAGAGAAAGAGCGAGGAUGUGCGUGUUGAUGCGAUGCAGUGGGAAUUCAAUGGCAAGAGUAUCGCGGUGAGUUGGAGCAAUGGGAGCACCGAUCUCAUUAGCGCGGAAACAGGCAAGGUAACGCAUAAGGAUGUCAUGCUGCCGGAAGUGGAAGGAGGGGGCAGUAGCAUGACUGAAGAGGAGGCACCCGCGCGGGUUAAAUGUAUAGGCUGGGGUCUGAACUUUAUUGAUGUUCAGGCUGUAAAAAAGAGAACGGGCUGGACAUCGAAGAAGAACGGCGCCGCCCCUGAGCAGACUGAUGUCUUUGGGAACCCUACGACGGAAGACUGGGAUGCUUUCAAGGAUGACACAACAUUGGAAGACUUUUUGCAGCGACAGCCCGAUCUCCAGACGUUGGACAUUGCGCCCGAUCUGCCUGACCAACUCGCGAUGAUGGACACAGAAGCGCUGCUGCCCAAGCUUCCUGCAAUACCGCUGCCGCCAGCAUUACCAUUCAUGCGCGUCUCGCAGGCAGAUUCUGGAGCGUUUAGCUCCCAAGCCGAGGUGGAUUCGUUGCUUCACUCGCACCACUUGAAAGACCACAAUUCUGUCCAUAUGUUCAUCCGCUUGUCAGACCGGGGCACCGUGCAUCCAUCCAUCUACGAUUCUCUGGAAACUGUAAAUGUCCAGCUACCAAAAGCAUGGAACGCAUCACAUACGCCGCUGCUGCACACAAGCCAUCCAUACAGCUGCACGCACAACCUUUUGAUGCAGACCACUUCCACCGCCUCACCAGCAAAGAAGAGUCUUGCAUUCAUCCCUCUUACCUUGAAUUUCAUACCAACAGCAGGAAUUUACCUGCAUCUCAUCGCGGCGAAGACAUCGCAACUACAAAACCUUCUUCUAUAUAUUACGCAAACCCUGCAACGCGUGCGAGCCUUCUUCAAACACGCGCAAGAUCUGCCCCGCAAGUUUAUGAUGAACAUUAGCGAAACACUUGAAGAGAAGGGCCUGGGCGACCUGGUCACAAAUCUAUUCCAUAUAGCGUGUACAGGAAACUGUAAUCCGGUAAUGAAGGAAUGGCUUGUUGAUGAGCUAGCAGAAGCAGGCCACAAGCGCUGGGACACGACCGUCACGACAUCCUUCACCACACUGCUCGCCCUUCUCCACGAGAACCUCAUUCCAGCAUUAGACCGUUGCUCCAUUGUCAUAUCACGGCUGCGAGGUCUCGCACAGUUCCACGACCGCGACUGGAUCUUCAGCGGCCCCAUUACCGACUUCUCUGCUCUUCUCGAAACGCUGAAAAACAUGAGGCUGCUAGCCCAUACCGCCAUGCUGUACGCAUCCGAAGAGAAACGCCAGUUCUACAGCUUCAGCAAGUGGCUGCGCUUUACGAUUGAUUUCGAGGCUACAGAGCCAGAGUCACAGUCGCGCAUGGAGAUGGAACAACGGGACCCCGGCGUCGACGUGUCGCAGGUCCUUGCAUACAUCCAGUAUGGCCUGACCAAAUCCGAUCUCACUCCGUAUUUGCAACCAGAAGCCCAGCUCGAUGCCAAGAGUCGCGAGAACGAAGCGUCCAGCUACGAAGACACCAAGAAGGCGAUUGAACUGCUGAAACAGGGCGCAACCUUCAAGGAAGAAGCCCUCUGUCUGGAACACGUGCUCACGCACCUGGCAACGGGCGUGACGGGCCUGCUCAAGCAAGUCAGCAAAUGGCAGCAAGCAAACAUCCAGAUGGACUCUGGCCUUGUGCUUGAAGAACUCGGCGACGGAGACGAAAACACGACUGUCUUGGACAUGCGCAUGGUACCAGAGCAUUCUCCCGAACCAGCCCCAGACACCAUAUCAACAUACAUUCUCUUCGCCUCGCCAUCCACGCCUGCACGCCUGCACAUCCACCGCCUCACCCACGCACACAGUAUAUCGCAUCUCCCGCGCGACCUGUACGCUCACGCCCUUUGCACGCUCGACUUUUCCACCUCCUCGCCAUCUGCAAAGCUGCUCGACGCCAAAUUCGCAGACGACACCACGUUAUUGCUUCUCCUGCAGCGCUCGCACUCGGACCGCAAGCAUCAAAAUGUCAUUGUGUCGCUGCCGUAUGCGCGACUGGAGUCGCCUUCCCCGGCGGGAGAUAAACACCAUAAACAGCUCGUUUCGUAUGAGCCUAUUGCUUCUGCUGCACAGGCGGCCACCCUGCUUCCUCACGGCGAGGCGGUGGCGGCCGCCGCACGACACGUUAUCCGCGUUACGCCUGAGAGUGUGGACAAGUACACGCGACAUGUAUUUGAAGGGCGGUUUACGCCGCUUCGGUUGGUGGUAAAUGGGCGAAAGAACAGGAGAGUCAUUGUGGUCUUGGGUAGUGACAGGAAGCAUUACCGGGUGCUGGAUAUGGAUUUCAGGGUCAAGAAGAAGAGGGAUAGCAACAAGGGUGGCGCAGGGGGUGACGACAGCGACAGCGACACUGACGAUGGAAAUGACGGAGACAAAAGGGGCCACCAAGACCAAGACGUUGAGAUGGGCGGAGCAUAG